AUGGAAGGAGAUGAGUGUAGUGUCCCCCCAGACUUGUCAGAUGACCAGUCACAGAGGGGAAGUGUUGCUUCUUCUGCUACACUCUCCCACUCUCAAGAUGUGCUUAUAUACCUAUUUGGUGAUACCGCGGUUCACCUAUCAGUUGAAGGGCUCGGCAGUGUUACUGUGCAAGAGUUAGGACGCUCUGUCCGAGAGGCUCUCCACAUUCCCGAAUGUGCUCAGGAUGUCUUUGCCUUCUGGCUGUCUUCCCCCCUACUUGAGCUGCAGUUGAAGACGAGGCAUCAACCGUACAAGGUUUGUCGCCAGUGGCAAGACCUGCUGUAUCGCUUCACGGAAGCCUCAGAUGAAGACAUUUCACAAGAUGAGCCUUGUCUCCAGUACCGUCGGAAUGUCUUUUAUCCAAAAUCUAAAGAAUUGCAGAUAGAAGAUGAGGGAGUGCUGCGACUUCUAUAUGAAGAGGCGAAGAACAACAUCAUAAUGGGACGAUACCCCUGCGAUCCUGAACACUGGGCCUCUCUCGGAGGCUUGUCUCUUGCUUUUGAUGAAGGGACAGGCCUGGACAAGCAGACAGUGACUACUACUAUACGAGAGAAGAAGCUAUCUUCUUUCCUACCGGUGCACGUGGCUUUGGGAGGUGGAGGUUUAUUCUCUACGCUUCGGGGAAAGUCGAGCCGUCAGGCGGGUUUGGAGCAGAACCUUUUGGAGGAGUACAGAAAGAUAAACUUAUCUGGAGACUCACAGCGACACUCAGAGCUUCUACAACAGUACCUCAGCACAUGUCACUCACUGCCUUAUUAUGGGUGUGCUUUUUUUGAUGGGGAGAUUGACAAACCCACCCAAGGGAUCUUCCAAAGAGUGAAACGCAAAGCUGUCAAUGUGGGCAUCUCCUUGGAAGGCGUUUAUGUGAUGGACAUCAAGGAGAAGCAUGUGCUUCUCGGCCUACGCUUCAACGAGCUUUCCUGGGACCACAGCUACCCUGAAGAGGAGGGAGACUCGCACAUUCUGUGGCUUGAGUUUGAUGGCAAUGAAGAUGGCACUCCAGUCAACAAGUUGCUGAAGAUUUACUCCAAACAAGCAGAGCUCAUGAGUGGCUUCAUCGAGUUCUGCGUGGAGUUGAAGUCAAUGUCUGAGGGAGCAGCCGCAUCAGAAAUGGAUGGAGAUGCAAGUCGGUCACAACAAGCCUCUGCACAAGAUGACGGCAGCAAGAAUGGACGCGGGGGACGGCGAGGGAUGUUGCGCCGUCAAAGCAGCGUCGUGUGCAGCCGCGUCCAUUCGCUUAACACCAUAAACUACGUCGACAACGGUAAAGAAAUCAAAUGCUUAAAGCCCAAAAGAGCUGCAUCCUUUUUCACACGUCAGGCAACUACACCAAUGUACACUUCUGUACAAGUGACAGAUAGCGUGGAACAGGGUUAA